AUGGCACAACGUCUGCGUUUGUACUUUGGCUCUGGCCGAAGCAACACAGCCCCGGAGAUACUGGAGGGAGACGCCGAGGAGCUUCGGGAAAACGGAGGGGUGGUGCCGACGCUCGGCACGCGCCCUCCUGCCAUGUCGAGGCCUUCUCAGGACUCUGCUGCGCAGCGCGUCCCAUCAGCUGGAUCUGGUCGUCACGCGGAGCCCUCGCUGAAACGCAGCUCCUCGAUGUUCAUACCCCAGCUCUCCACCUGUGCCGAGCCGCGGCCGACUAAGAGCUCGUCCAUGCACAUCUCGCUUCAGCGGGCCAACGGAUCCAAUAAUGGAGAUUGCGGUGGACACGCUCACGACGUCCCGCCGCCCUGCUACUCUCCUCCUGGACCCGCGCCUCCAUACACUGAGCCCCAAACUCAAGCAGACUUUCCACGACAGCCGCCUCCGCCGUACAGCCCGUAUUCUUUAAACCCCCAAUCUCCUCUGACAGAGCCAAACCUUCCAAAACCCAGAGUCUUCAGCAUCGGUUCCAGCGGCCGUACGAAAUUCAGCCGGGGCAAAACCAGCGUCACUGUCGGGGCCAUCUGUAUCCAGAGGGAUUCACCUGACAGCUCUGAUAUCCAGCAUUUUAGGAUUCUGCCCUACGGUGGCGCUGGCUGGUCGCCACAGCAGCAGAGACCGGAGCAGUCUUUUGGUGUUAACGAUGCACAUCAGAGACUCGUUUUUCAGCUUCACCAGAACCAGGACCAGAACCUGGGCCGACAGCAGGCUGCUGGAUUCCAGGAAGAACAUGGCAGCUCACGAGCUUUCCAGACAGUGCGCUACCCCAGAAUUCAACUGCAGAGAAGCUCGUCUCAUCAGAGCCUUCUGCGGGAAAAUAAACAUCCGAAAAACGGCGCAGACUUCCAGACUAUAGACGAAGAUCAAACAAAUAUUUCGUCGGAGGCAAAAAACAGAUCCAAUGGUUGUACUUUUAAGAUCAGUGGGGAAACCCCGAGGGGGCAGCCACAUUUCAAGAUAUACUUUACUCCGGGUGGAGGUGGAAAUCAGGAUGUUGGCCUUGGCAGUGACUCAACUGCAAAUACACCCAAGGCUUCUUCCAAGAAUGGGCUUUUCCAUCUCGGACAGACCAGAGAUGAUUUCCUGGGGCAAGUUGAUGUUCCUCUCAGUCAUCUACCGACAGAGGACCCCUCCAUGGAGCGUCCAUACACAUUUAAAGACUUCCUGUUGCGGCCGAGAAGUCACAAAUCCAGGGUGAAGGGUUACUUGCGUCUGAAGAUGGCUUAUUUGCCCAAACAAGGAGGACAUGAGGAGGAGGCUGGAGAGAUGAGGGAGGAGGCUGAGGGUUGGGAUGAGUCUGCAGACUCGGGUUCCCAGAGACCCCAGCAGCUGCUGCCCCCUUUGCCUCCUGGCUGGGAAGAAAAGGUUGACAACCUUGGGCGCACCUACUACGUCAACCACAACAAUCGCUCUACACAGUGGAAACGGCCGUCCAACAUGGAUGUGAUCUCUGAGAUUGAGAGUGACAAUCAACAGCGGCAAAUCCAUCAGGAAGCCCAUCGCGUUUUCCGUGCGAGGCGCCAUAUCAGCGAGGACCUAGAGAAUGAGCACCUGGAGCCCAGGGACAUAGACAAUUCCUGGGAGCUGAUCACUGAAGAGGAUCCCAAUGACAGCUUGGCCCAGUCUCUGCCCGGUCCCUCCUCUGUUUUGACACCGCUGCACCCGCCAACACCUGUCACUCAGGAGUUGUCUGAGGAUUUAAAUUUGAGGCUGUCCAUCACUCCUGAUACCAACGGCGACCUGCCAGGACCUAGCUCAGCUAUGAGCCAGCUGUCUAACAGACUCCGUUCUUCAAGUAUGACAGAUGGCGUCAGUGAUCAAGCCCAGGCUCCACCUCUCAUGCAGAGUUCCCAGACCAGAAGAACAAGAGCUCAAACAGUCUCAGGUGGUGAGGAGUCAAUGUCUCCCUCGGCAGCUGCUUACACCUUGACCACCCCUGGCUUGCCCCCUGGAUGGGAGGAGAGGAAGGAUGCCAAGGGAAGAACUUAUUACGUCAACCAUAACAACCGCACCACUACUUGGACUAGGCCAAUUGUGCAGGUACAGCAGCUGACUGAAGACGGAGCCGGCACCUCAGCAGCAGCAGCAGCUUCAGCAGGAUCCCCAGCCCCUGCUUCUACCCCUUCCUCCUCCUCCAAUGCCUCCAACAACCAACUCCAUGAGCCCCAAGUCCGACGACCUCGUAGCCUCAGCUCCCCCACUGUGACCCUUUCCGCCCCCUUGGAGGGAGCCAACAACAUCCAGGUGCGGAGGGCUGUGAAAGACACUCUCUCCAAUCCGCAGUCUCCCCAGCUGUCCCCCUACAGUUCCCCCAAAUCGCAGCACAAGACACAGCAGAGCUUCCUGCCUCCCGGCUGGGAGAUGAGGAUAGCCCCAAAUGGCCGGCCAUUUUUCAUCGACCACAACAGCAGAACCACCACCUGGGAGGAUCCCAGGUUGAAAUACCCAGUCCAUAUGAGGAAUAAGAACUCUAUGGAGCCUGGUGACCUUGGUCCUCUUCCGCCGGGGUGGGAAGAAAGGGUUCACACGGAUGGCCGCACCUUCUACAUUGACCACAACACUAAGACCACACAGUGGGAGGACCCUCGUCUACAAAGUCCAGCUAUCACAGGACCUGCUGUUCCUUACUCCAGAGAGUUCAAGCAGAAAUACGACUACUUCAGGAAAAAGUUAAAGAAACCGGCUGACAUCCCCAACCGAUUUGAAAUGAAGCUCCACAGGAAUAACAUCUUUGAAGAGUCCUACCGUCGAAUCAUGUCUGUAAAAAGGCCAGAUGUUUUGAAGGCACGGCUAUGGAUUGAGUUUGAAUCGGAGAAAGGAUUGGACUACGGCGGCGUGGCCAGAGAGUGGUUCUUCCUCUUAUCUAAGGAGAUGUUUAACCCCUACUAUGGCCUGUUCGAGUACUCUGCCACGGACAACUACACUCUUCAAAUCAAUCCCAACUCUGGACUGUGUAAUGAGGAUCACCUCUCCUAUUUCAAAUUCAUCGGGCGUGUGGCAGGAAUGGCCGUGUAUCAUGGAAAACUGCUGGAUGGUUUUUUCAUCCGACCAUUCUACAAGAUGAUGCUGGGAAAACAGAUUUCUCUUAAGGACAUGGAAUCUGUGGACAGUGAAUACUACAACUCUCUUAAGUGGAUUCUGGAGAAUGACCCCACUGAGCUGGACCUCAGGUUUUGUAUUGAUGAGGACAACUUUGGACAGACAUACCAGGUAGAUCUGAAGCCCAGUGGUUCCGACAUGGUGGUCACCAACGAGAACAAGCAGGAAUACAUAGACCUGGUCAUACAGUGGAGGUUUGUCAAUCGGGUCCAGAAGCAAAUGAACGCCUUCUUGGAGGGCUUCACUGAGCUCAUUCUCAUAGAUCUAAUCAAGAUCUUUGAUGAAAACGAACUUGAGCUGCUCAUGUGCGGACUAGGUGAUGUCGACGUCAACGACUGGAGACAACACACUGUUUACAAGAACGGCUACUGUCCCAACCACCCGGUUAUCCAGUGGUUCUGGAAGGUCGUUCUGUUUAUGGAUGCCGAGAAGAGAAUCCGACUUCUCCAAUUUGUUACCGGAACAUCACGAGUGCCCAUGAAUGGCUUUGCUGAGCUUUAUGGCUCUAAUGGUCCUCAGCUUUUCACAAUCGAGCAGUGGGGAACUCCAGAUAAGUUGCCUAGAGCCCACACAUGUUUCAACCGCCUCGAUCUUCCCGCCUACGAAUCAUUCGAGGACCUGAGGGAGAAACUCCUGAUGGCCGUGGAGAAUGCUCAGGGGUUCGAGGGGGUCGACUAAAACGGCAGCCUCUAACCGCGUUCAGCUAUGAAGUUAAAGGAAAGGCCACGGGGACAUCAAAGCAGCUGCUGUAGCAGUUCUGUGCAAGCAUGUUGUACUGUAACGCCUGACAAUGAGCCACCCUCACAGCACGGUGGUCUGAGACUGUACAGCGACUUUUCGAGCCAAUAUGCCUACGUCUUUAUAUCUCUUCAGUGUGGUUAGGUCACUCCUUUGAGGUGCUGGGGUAAAAAAAAAAAAAAAAAAGGAGGGUUGCACUGAAUAAAUGCUGAAAUCUUUUAACCACAGGCAUGAGCGAUGAAGACAGGAGUUGAGCCCUGUUCUUACAUUUCUUUCCCCUCGGCACUCCUGUUGUGAAAAUCUACAGUGCUGGAAAACACUAAUGCAUUUCAAUAGGUCCUGUAUGUGCACCGUAUUCGAGCACCCUCCACGGGAGGGGAAUUAGCAUGGCCUUAACUGGCUCCUACAUGCACUAUUUCUCUCUUAGAAACAGCAAUGGCGCUAUCAUCAGAACUCUUUCAAAUCUUUAGACCAACACCAGAUUACCUUAGGAAUGCUAGCCAAUCACAUUUCAGGAAAUCGGCCACACUCCUCCGUAGAGCCUUGUCCGUGUCGUGUGAUCAGAAAUUGCCGCUGCAGCCUUUGAAGUAAUUUUCUUUUUGAAAUUUUUGCCAGUGAUAAAGAUUAAGUCAUGGGGAAUAAAAAAAUCCCCAAAUAUCCAUUUCUUUUCCUUUUUUUUCUUUUUUUAAACAAAAAUAUAAUUUGUUGUCCUAGAACAUAUUUUCUUUUACUAAUAAUUUGUAUAACCUGCAGGAAAGUACUGACUGUAUUUGUACCGAUGAGCAGCAUUCUUUACUGUUUUGACAACUAUAUAUGACAUGUGAAGUACAAAUCUGGCUUGUCUGGGAAAUGAUUUAUGCAUAUCAUGUGUUAUGGUGAUAGCAAAUGUGUUGACUACAGUGGUUUUUAUUGUAGUGCUUUAAAAGCAGCAUGGAACUAUAUCUUGUGUUUGCUUGGACUACAUACUAAUUGGAAGUGUAAUUGGGCCCUGAGGUUGUGAAGGGAAAGUAAAACUGAGGAUAGUUUCUCUGAUUACAUUGUUAUUCUCAUGCCUGUUGCUGUUCAUAAUGCUGUAAAUUGUUCUUUGGAGGGGAGGCAUUUGCAUUUUAAGUUCUUUCAUGAUAUAUAAAUAUAUGUAUGUAUUACAUUUAACAGAAGUAUUACUGAUCGACACUAAAAUGAAGCUGUAUGUGUGUGUGUUUGAGAGGAAAGCUGUGAUGUGUGCCACAGAAUAUAAAGCAGCACGUUUCUUACAAAGAGAAAAUUGCGUUCUUUUUUUAAAUGUUCUUUCUCUCCUUUUUCUAACACCAUUGAACCUAAAGGGCACUUUAAUAGAUCAUCAUGUCGCCUGAUGUUUGUCUUGUCAUUUACUUGAAUGUGAUUCUUUAUUUUUUCCAUUCAGCACUUACUUGGUGCAAUAUGAAUAGUCUGUAAAUCUGGGCUGCUGCUAAGAUUGAAAAAGAAGUUGAAGAAGAAGAAGUUGAAACUUCAUGUCCUUUAGUUUACUCGGUUUCAACUCUUUUGACCUCUUUCUCUGUAUUUAUCUCCCUUGUGUCUCUUAUCCUUUGUGAUCUCACCAUUUUACUGAACUCUGCAGAUUAGUCUUUAUUUUUUAGCAGGUUUUCUUCUUUCUUUCUUUUUUUUUUUUAAUGAAUGAACAGAGAUAUGACUUUUGUUAACAAUUCCACUUCUUUCUGCAAGUCUUUGUGGUUCAUUUCAGUUAAAUAAAAUUAAACUUCUCAGACUGUGUUGUUUUAGUGAAUUUAGGCCUGCCUUUCUCAUGUGCAAAUCUGGAAUAGUUGAAAUUUCAAUCAGACCCGUACUUAAACAGAUUUUUUUUCAACGCACAGGAAUGUCAGUUUUAACCUGCGUGACACCCACAUAUUACUCAUUCCAACAUUUAUUUUCUACAAUAAACCAAUCUUACUUCAC